GUCUCUUUCUCUCUCUUAUCUGUUCUGAUAAGACAAGUACACACUUUUUGCAGGUGCUGUCAGCCUGUGACUACCUGUGACUGAGAUCAUGCACACCAAGGAAAACUCAUGCUGCUGUUCCUUUGAGGACUGCAAACUGACUACAGAAUGGCUGCUGAGCAGGACGAGACACAGGCCAAAGAUAGCUAUCGUGUGCGGCUCUGGACUGGGACUUCUCGCAGACAAUGUCUCAAAUAAACAGACCUUCCGCUAUGAGGAUAUUCCCAAUUUCCCAGUGAGCACAGUUCCAGGUCAUGAAGGGUGCCUGGUGUUUGGUCAAAUCAAAGGCAAGUCGUGUGUCUUUAUGCAAGGAAGGUUUCAUCUCUACGAGGGUUAUUCAUUGUGUAAGGUCACGUUCGCCGUGCGGAUCUUCAAGCUGAUGGGUGUGGAGACCAUUGUCGUAACAAAUGCCUCUGGAGGUCUUUGUCAGGAUUUCAAAGUGGGAGACAUCAUGGUCAUUAAGGACCAUAUUAACUUGCCAGGGUUUGCUGGGCAGCACCCACUGUGCGGACCCAAUGAUGAGAGAUUUGGGAUCCGGUUUCCUUGCAUGUCUGAUGCUUACAGCAAAGACCUGAGGAAACUAGUUUUGGACAUCACUGCUGAGCUGGGCUACUCGAAUUUUGUGCAUGAGGGGGUCUACUGUAUGGUUAGUGGACCCAACUUUGAGACCAUCGCUGAGGCACGCAUGCUGCACAUCUUGGGGAGUGACUCUGUUGGCAUGAGCACAGUUCCUGAGGUGACGGUAGCCAAGCAUUGCGGACUGCGGGUCCUGGGUCUCUCGCUCAUCACCAACAAGGUAUCUUUGGACUACAGCCGUGAGGAGAAGGUGAAUCACGAAGAGGUCCUACAGAUCAGCAAGAUGAGAGCUGAGAUGCUCCAGAAUGUGCUCGUAACCUUCAUCGCUCGCUCUCAUCAAGUGGAGACCAUCAACAACAGCAACUGCAUCUACUCAAAUGCCGUGUAGGGUCAAUCCAACCAGCUGAACUGAGGGUACUAUGAAAGUCAUGUGAAUCUAUAGUACUACAGAUCUUGAAGGCUCCUUGUUGUGGUUUUUAUCUGGCUGAAUGAAAAUUUCCAAUGUCAGAUGUUACUGUGCCUUUGUGGAGGAUGUAUUUGAUCUUCAUAAUGUGAUUGUUGUGUUGCUACACUAAUGUAUUUCCCUGACUAGAAAAGAAAAUAUGAAAAUAACAAAAAUGUACAAUGUAAAUAAAUCUCCCUCAGUUGAAAUUAUGUAAUAAAACAUUUGACAGCUCAGAUGGAACAUGCAUUUAAAAGCCAAAAAAGAAAAAAAUAUAAAUAAAUAAUACAACGUA